CCUCUUCAAUCUCUAUAACCUUCUGGACCACCCGUAUGCUCGUUUCCAAGUCUACAUGAAAGCGCUUACGCUGGCUGUUGAAGGGAAGGUUACUGAGUACGUAGUUCCUUCUUUUAAGAAAAUUGAUAACUUCUUGAAAGAGUGGAACGUUGACACUAAAGAUCAGAGGCAACUCUUCCUUGCCAUUGCUAAUGUUCUGAGAGAGAACAAAAGCUUGGUGAACGAAUCCCUUAAGUUCCUGACGAAGUAUCUAGCGACUUUCUCAAGUGAGGAUGCUAAGGUCCUAGAUGAAGCUAAGGAGGAGGCUGUGCGUGCAGUUAUUGAAUUUGUCAAGGCUUCCAGCAUCUUCCAGUGUGAUUUAUUGGAAUUGCCAACCGUAGCACAACUAGAGAAGGAUACGAAGUAUGCCCCGGUUUACCAGCUACUAAAGAUCUUUCUUACUCAGAGGCUUAAUGCUUACACUGAAUUCCGAGCUGCAAAUUCGGAAUGUCUGCAAAGCUAUGGACUUGUUGAUGACGACUGUGUAACGAAAAUGAGAUUGUUGUCACUAGUUGACUUAGCGUCAGAUGAGUCUGGCAAAAUACCAUACGCCUCAAUCAAAGACACUCUACAGGUAAAGGAAGAAGAGGUUGAACUAUGGAUCGUGAAGGCAAUAACUGCGAAGCUGAUCGAUUGUAAGAUGGAUCAGAUGAACCAAGUUGUCAUCGUCAGCCGCUGUUCCGAGCGUGAAUUCGGGUCAAAGCAAUGGCAAUCACUUCGAACUAAGCUCGCAACUUGGCGGGAAAACAUUGGAAACGUCAUAAGUACAAUCGAGUCGAACAAGGUAACCGAGGAAGGUUCUCAGGCAUCAUCAGCAUCUGCUGCAGCAAUUCAAGGGUUGACUGUUCGUUGAAAAGCUAUCAAGACAGAAAGAACUUUUUCAUCUCCUGAAAAUCUCUCAAAAUCUAUAACCAACGUUGAAUAUCUUUUGUUGUCUUAGAAGCUUUCUUUCCUCUCUGUAUUUUGUUGCAGAGUUUCUUAAUCUUUGAAAUUUUUGUCCCUGAAAUAAUUUGAAAACUUUUGCUAUACAUUGACAUUUCUUGUUUUGAGAAUACUUAUUAUUUGCCACCUUUAGGUCA